AUGAAAGUAGUAUUGUUUUCUGCGUGCGCAUUCGCGCUGUGUGCCUACGUCUUGGCAGUAGAACAACCGGCCAAGAACACAAAAGCAGACGAAUCCCAAUCUAAGAGAAGCGUAUCUGAAUUGAAUUACGGAUUUGGCGGCUCGGAAAUCGCGAGUGGCGGUUAUGGACACGGUGACUUCAGUGCCGGACACGCUGACUACAGUGCCGGAUACGCUGACUUCAGUGCCGGACACGGUGACUUCAGUGCUGGACAUGGUGACUUCAAUGCUGAACACGGUGACUUCAGUGCUGACUUUGGUGGAGAAUACGCAUACGGUGGCCACCAACAAUCAUCGUACCAACAUCACGUGCCCAUCAAGACCAUAACCAAAAAUGUGCCACAACCAUACCCUGUGGAAGUAGCCAAACCUUACCCAUACCCGGUCAAGGUUCCCGUUCCAGUUGACAGGCCGUACACCGUUGAAGUGCCCAAACCGUACGCUGUGCAAGUAGAAAAGCCAUAUCCCGUCAAAGUUCCAGUGCCCCAUCCAUACCCCGUGGUCAAAGAAGUGCACGUACCCUACAAGGUACCUGUGGAUCGCCCAUAUCCCGUGCACGUAGACAAACCGUACCCCGUGUACGUCGAGAAGCGAGUGCCGUACCCAGUCGAGAAAGCUGUCCACGUACCAGUCAAAGUACCAGUCGACCGCCCUUACCCUGUCCACGUGCCUGUUGAGAAGAUCGUACCAUACCCUGUCGAAAAGCCCGUCCACUACCCGGUUAAGGUUCCCGUCGACCGCCCGUACCCCGUACAAGUGGUGAAGAAUAUCCCGUAUCCGGUCGAGAAGCAAGUGCCGUAUCCAGUGGUCAAGGAAAUCCCAUAUCCAGUCAAAGUUCCCGUCAAAGUCGAAGUAAAAGUACCAUAUCCAGUCAAGACUUACCAGCCCGAACACCACUAUGAACACCAGGGACACCAUGAAGAACACGAUUACCAUCACGGAAGCAGUGGAUAUUAA